AAACUCCUGUUGGUGGGUUGGCCAGUGUUCGCCUGAUAACUUUCCUUAGCAUGCAGAGGAGCGAGUGUCUGAGUCACAAAGCUUUUACCGGAGAGUUUAUCAUCAUACAGCACUCCAGUGAUUUUAAAAGGUUUGGCUCGAAAUGACGACCCAGCAGCCCCCUCUCUCCCAGGAGAUUCUGGCUCAGUGUAACCAGCAGGCCAUGGAACCAUGGGGCUCCCGGAAGCUUCGCCAGAGCCGCCAAGGCUCCAUCUCCACCCUCCGCAGCUCCCUGUCUAGGGACCAACAGCAGCAGCAGCAUCCCCGGUACCCUCUUCUACUCCCGAGGGGCUUCCUCCCUAUCGAGUCCUCAUCCAGGAGCCCCAAUAUCAGCAACCCAAACUCCCCUUUCAUACGCCGGGACUUGGUCGCCCUGACCAAGCGUUUUUCUUUUGGCGGUUGGCUUCAGGGCAGUCGGGCCAGUUUCUCUGGGUUGCCCCUCCAUCAGCCUGUCCAGCUAGAGAACACCUAUAAGACUGAACCAGAGAAGGGAUGUCUUUUUAAAGCCAGUAAGGUCCAGAAGCUUGUGCAAGCCAUGCUGGAUAGUUAUCUGGAUGGGGCCAGCUAUAACGCAGCCUCAGGCAGCCAUCUCAGCCAGAUUCUGUCAGACAUGGUGAAGAGCAAAGUGAAAGAGAUCAGUCCUCCGCGGUACAAGCUGGUGUGUCAGGUGGUGGUGGGGCAGAACAGGAACCAGGGUCUACGAGUGGCCAGUCGCUGUCUUUGGGACUCGCAACAUGAUGACUUUGCAGUUGCCAUGUUCCAAAACCAUUCUCUUUUCACGUUGGUCAUAGUCCAUGGAGUUUAUUGUGAGUGAGUCAUACGCACUGGCAACAACUAUACUGAACAAAAAUAUAAAUGCAACAUGUAAAGUGAUGGUCCCAUGUUUCAUGAGCUGAAACAAAAGCUCCCAGAAAUAUUCCAUAGGUACAAAAAGUUUAUUUCUCUCAAAUUUUGUGCGCAGAUUUGUUGACAUCCUUGUGAGCAUUUGCCAAGUUAAUCCAUCCACCUGAUAGGUGUGGUAUAUCAAGAAGCAGAUUAAAAAGCAUGAUUGUUACACAGG